AGGGAGCUCCAGCUCUCUUCAUCUCAUCAGGUCAAUGGGUUAGCUGAAGAAGUCAAUCUUUUCGUCUUGUCUUGCUCUCCCUCUUUUGUCAGUCCAUGUUUCCUGCUCGAGUAUCAUGCUCGCUCCGCCGCUGAGAGGCCGACUUGGCCGACCUCAAAUAACAAGCGUGACAAGAGCUUGUCAUUCUACUCGAGUCAGUGGCGUGUCACCACUGUCCAAUCCUUUGAUGGGUACUUCAAAUCUUUCGUUAUAUAUUCCCCGUCCAUCUAAUCUUGUUCCGCGGCCCCGCGGGGUGCGAUGUUCCCCAGCAAGCCUUACCCCUUUCGCGCCAGCACACCAUGCGUCAACCGGACCUUCGUCGACAAAAGGAGAUAUAAAGCCGCGUGGUAGAGCUAGGAAAAUUAUAUUCAGUGUUUUCGCAUUUAGUGGCAUGUUCGCGCUAUUCAGCGCCGGUCUUGUUGUUGCAUUUUUCAUCUAUGAUGCCUCUACGUACGCCAACGAACCAGUCGUUGAGGAUAUUCCGGUUUCGGAAAUGGCAUUGAACCCGAGACGAGGCGGGCCGAAGAGUCUUCCUAUUGCGGAUGUUUUGAUUGAUGACAGUGAUUCAGAUGAUAAAGAAGCUCAAAAGGAUAAACCCAAGCUUGUUAUUUUGGGGACUGGGUGGGGCAGUGUUGCUCUAUUGAAGUCGUUGAAUCCUGGAGAUUACCAUGUCACGGUGGUAUCUCCGACUAACUACUUUCUUUUCACUCCGAUGUUGCCAUCGGCUACUGUCGGUACACUGGGGCUUCGAUCUUUGGUUGAACCUAUUCGUUUAAUUGUACAGCGUGUUCGAGGUCAUUUUCUGCGGGCAGAAGCAGUUGACUUGGAUUUUGGGGAGAAGCUUGUGGAAGUGUCGCAAGUGGACUGCCAUGGCGUAAGGCAAAAUUUCUAUCUUCCCUAUGACAAACUGGUUAUAGGAGUUGGUUCCACUACAAAUCCGCACGGAGUGAAAGGACUUGAACAUUGCAACUUUUUGAAAUCGAUAGACGAUGCGCGGCAAAUAAAAAACAAGAUUCUUCACAAUCUGGAAUUGGCCUGCUUGCCGACUACCAGUGAUGCGGAAAGGAAACGACUUCUGUCUUUUGUGAUUUGCGGCGGCGGUCCAACCGGUGUUGAAUUUGCCGCAGAGUUGUUUGAUAUGCUGAACGAAGAUUUGUUCCGGUCGUUUCCCAAAAUAUUGAGAAACGAGAUCUCCGUGCAUCUAAUCCAGAGCAGGAGCCAUAUCCUAAACACCUAUGAUGAAACUGUUUCACUCUAUGCAGAGCGACGAUUUGCCCAUGACCAAGUGGAGGUUCUGACAAAUUCAAGAGUGAAAGAGGUGCGGCCCGAUAGGAUCCUUUUUACCCAAAUUGAAAACGGCAAACCAGUCACAAAAGAGAUCCCCAUGGGAUUCUGUUUAUGGUCAACCGGAGUUUCCCAAACCGAAUUUUGUCAGAAGAUUUCCAAGAAGCUCAAAGGCCAGAAUAACCGUCACGCUCUCGAAACUGACACUCACCUCCGACUCCUUGGUGCUCCUGCAGGUGAUGUGUAUGCCAUCGGAGACUGCUCAACCGUCCAGAACAAAGUAGCAGAUCACCUAGUAAGCUUCUUGCGCACCGUUGCCUGGGAGAAAGGCAGGGACCCGGAGAAAGUCCACCUUACCUUCAAAGAAUGGCGUGAUGUAGCUUCACGUGUGAAGAAGCGGUUCCCACAGGCUUCCAAUCACCUCAGAAGACUGGACCGAUUAUUCGAGCAGUACGACAAGGACCGAAGUGGCACCCUCGACUUCGACGAACUUCACGAACUCCUCUCACAAAUAGACACGAAGCUCACUUCUCUUCCCGCUACAGCCCAGCGAGCAAAUCAGCAGGGUCAGUACCUGGGUCGAAAAUUCAAUAAGAUGGCUUCUGUUUCACCAGACCUCAAGGCCAAUGAGACUGAUUAUGCGGCCCUGGAUGAAUCCGUGUACCGGGCUUUUGAAUACAAGCAUCUUGGGAGUCUGGCGUACAUCGGCAAUGCGGCUGUGUUUGAUAUUAACGGGUUGAGUUGGGGAGGUGGACUGCUGGCGGUGUAUUUAUGGCGCAGUAUUUAUUUUGCUCAAAGCGUGAGUUUGAGGACGAGAGUGAUGUUGUCAAUGGAUUGGGCAAAGAGGGCGAUGUUUGGAAGAGAUAUGAUGAAUUUCUAGAUAUACCCUGAUUUGAAUUCUUUUGUUUGUUGCCUACUUUUGACUGUUUCGCUCUUUUCCAGUCUCAGACCUGAGGUUUCUACACAAUGUGACUUCAAUAAUAUAUUUUAGGUCAAAAUUCAGAUUGAAGUAGCUACAUAAUUCAGUAAUAUAAAUAAGUGUGAGUCAGCAA